AUGGCAGACUCCUUUGAUGCGUUCCUCAAUGGUGCUCUUCAUUGGCUUCUUUUCGACGUUAAUAAUCCGGACUUUAUUUUUUGUUUUGACUUUGGGAGUGAGCAAUUUCGGGUUGUUCUCGAACCUUCUGAAUUUGAUCCACUUUUGAAAGAAUUUUCAUGUCAAAUGCGUGUCGGAGUGCUACGAGGUUGCCUCACUAUAUGUGAUUUUGCUACUGUCAAAGAUCAGGGUUCAAUAUGGGUGAUGAAGGAUUAUGGGGUCAAGGAGUCUUGGAGUAAAUACAUUGUUAUUAAAGGUGUGAUCUAUGAUUGGGAUUACUUGAACUGUUACAAGCCGAUAAUAAUUCUGCAAAGUGGGCAACUCUUGAUUUUAGUUAAUAGGGAGGCUCUUGUGCUUUAUGAUCCUAAGACCCGACAUCAUAAGAAUGUCAAAAUUUCUGGAAUUAGGAAAAGAUCAGACUUCCAUGGGAUUGCUCAUGUUCCAAGCUUGGUUUCUCUAAGGGAUGUUGCAAAAGGGAAAAACUUGAAGGAUCUCUAUUCUCAACAAGCUAAGAAAGCUGAGCUUGCUAUGAUGGCUAUUUUAAUUGCCAUAUUUUUUGCUGUGUUUGCACAAGCAAGAACUAUUAAGAUUUUGAUCAACUUUUUGGGUUGUGGAGAUUGCUUGCAAAAGUUUUGUGAACUGAAGUUUUUCCUCCUGCCCUAA